AUGCCACCACGAAGGAAGCCCAGGGCAGGCGCUGCGGCCGCUGCUGCCGCCGUCGUCGUCGUAGCCUCUUCGGCCAAGAAGGCGGAUAAGCAGGGCACGAAGGCGGCCCCAAGACGCAGCGCGCAGCGGACGUAUCCCGUGCUGUACCGCGUCCGGCGGCAGCACGACGAGUCGACAGAAGAGCACGCGGUGGGCCGGUACGUCGUCUACGCCGACGCCAAGGCCAAGGUGCGCGCGUUCCUGCCGGAAUGGUACCAUGAGCUCUCGGACGGCGACUGGCAGGAGUACGCCGAGAUGGAGGAGGGCGAGCUGAGCGGGGGGUUCGAGGUGCAUGUCGUCGAUCCGGAGGGGGACGACUAUUGGGUGUGCGUGGAGGAGGACGUGCCGAGCUCGAGUGCGCGCGUGGCUGCGGCGUCGUCGGCGCCAGCACCAGCGCCGGUGCAGGUGCCGGUGCCACCCCCGCCGCGACAUGCGCCGGAGACGGUGUACGCCGUCGUCGCGCGCCGCGGCCGGGGCGAGAAACGGGUCGAUGAUACCGUGUACACGAGCCGCGAGGCGGCCGACGCCGCGGCGGACGACGUGCCGCGGACCCCCGGCACGGCGAUCGCGGUCGUCGAGCUCACGGUUGUGUACAGCUAG